AUGCUGACCGCUUAUAUACACUUUGGUGUGCAAAUCUAUCGCAAUCUCCUACCCUGUUUCGCUACCCGCUUUAGGAUUCUUCGUCGUUGGUGUUCGCUCUCAAUCCGGCUUAUCAAUUUGGAUCCGCGUUUGGAUAUGGGCGAAGCGGAUGCUGUCUCCACACAUUCCCGAAAGGGUGGUGAAUUUCUCAGGCUUUUGCGUCAAGUACUCUCCGCACUCCUGCCGGACUGUGUUCAAUUGGCAGCCGCCAAACAUUCCUCCACAGACUACGGUAGUCAGGAUUCGACAAUGAGCGUUUUUCUGGGCCAGAGUAUGUUCAUUUAA